ACAUCAGGCUCGUUCAUAUCGUAGACCAUAGUGUUCUUCUUCUUGAUUACAUUUCUCAUCACUCCUCGUGAAUCCUGACUUGGUCGUGGCCACGUGGGUUCUGGCAUAAUGGAUAUUUCAUUUCACUAAUUGCUUGACUAGUGUUGUAGUUGACUUAAAAUUUUUCAUAAUUAAUCUCAAAAAGAAGUUAAAAUGAGUGGUGAACUUGAACUGUCUCCAUCGGAUAGUUUGUGCACUGCCUACUUGGAAAUUCAAAGACUGAAGGGGAUUUUGAAACAGAAAGAACCUUUACUCGUAGCUAUGAAAGUAAGAUACUUACUCGAAGGGUUAGAGGAGUAUGGUAAACCCGAAGAAUUCGAUGAAAGUCAAUGGAUCAAAACAACUAGGCCAGAAAAGUGGCAUAAAAUGUUCACGUCCGGCAAUGAUAAUGAUCCUUGGGUGAAGGAGUUCAUCGAAUCUACCGGGGAAAAAAGUCAUCAAGAGGUUUGCGAAAUCGUUGAUAUUUUGUUCGAAACAUGCGACAAGAUGACCGAUGAUUUUUUUAGCGAAAGACCUGUUGAUUUUGAAACUUUGACUUCGGCUAAAUUCGCAAACGUUCUUGAUUACUUGAAAACGACGUUGGAUUUAGAAAUGACUAUACCAGUAUUUUCGUGUCCAAGUCUGUCGGAAAUGCUCGGUUCAGCUGUAGAUGGAAUGAUAGUCAAAGCUUUUGAUUCUGAGGUCGAUGAGGACGACAGUGAAGGAGAUUGUAAUGAUCCAUCAGAAACAUGUAGUACCACUGAAAAGAAAAAGGAAAGAAGAAAUCGAAAUAAAAAAGCUGCAACGACUGAACCAGAGCCCGACAACCAGCAAGCAGAGCAUAAUCUCGAGGAAGCGUUAGAGGUUCGUAUGAAUAACGUCUCUUUGGAAGACUCUCCCAAAAAUAGUGAAAAGACAGGCAAGAAGUAGAAGAAGAAAAAGAAGCCCAAGAAAAAGACCAAUUCCAACGACCAAACACUCGAAGGAAAGCAACAAACCAACCCUCCUUCUAUACCUACCUUAUGAUGGUCUUUUAGGAGUAUCUACAAUAAUUAUUCUGUUGGCCAAGAGAGCAAGAGACCAAUCAUGCACAAUCAGAUAGGUAACUUUGAAAAGUUUGCCUAAAUUUUUUUUCAGUUUUAAAAUUAUCAUAAUUCAUAGGUACCUAAUCUUAAUUAUCUUACUUAUGGAAUUAAUUGCUUUGUGGAAUUUUACUAUUUUUUGUGAAUUUGGUUCGGCAAAUUUUGAAUGGAGUUAUCGUGAAUGACGUACAUAUAAUAAAGGCAUAUCCGUUCC